AUGUCGACGAAAACGACAACCACCACUGUGGUAGCCGGUCGGAACAGUGGGUCAGUUGUGUCGGGAGAAUUCGAUGUGGCCGCCUUUGAGCAGAAACUACGGGAUCUGAAGGAUACACAGGAGAGCAUCCAGCACCUGUCGGCCUGGUGUUUACAGCGGCGAGCGCAUCACAAAAAGAUUGUCACCAGUUGGUUGAACGUGCUAAAGCAGGUGAAAAUAGAGAGCCGGCUUACGUUAUUCUACCUGGCGAACGACGUGAUUCAGUAUAGCAAGCGUAAAAACUACGAGUUUGUUGAUAGCUGGGGAACGUACCUCCAAAAGGCCACCACACUGGUGCGCGACGAAAAAGUGAAGCACAAGAUACUGCGAAUCUUUAAGAUCUGGGAACAGCGAGAAGUGUACAACGAGGAGUUUUUGACCGAUCUGAACGGUCUCCUCAGUGUGACUACUCCUUCAGCUAAAAAACAACAACAGCAGCAGCAGCAACAGCAACAACAACAGCAACAACAGUCCAAACAUCAACACGAUUCUACGCAGCAUCAUCACCAUCAUCAUCACCACCACCAUCAUCACCACCAAUCGUCAUCGUCGGGAGCGACUGGCGCAACGCUCGCGACUGGCCCGACGAAGCUGGCCGAAACGAAAUCAGCCACUGCUAACGUGCAGUUGGACGCGGACGACUACCAGGCGUCCGUGUUGGUGGGAAAUGUGCGCGAUUGCGUAAAAUAUGAAGGCGAAACCGACCAGACGUUCAAGAGCCUGAAUAAGAAACCGUUGGUCGAGGUGGACGUGGUGAUGGGAUCGAUUAAGGGCAAGGAUCGCAAGAAGGUGGAAGAGGUUGAGCAGGAGAUCGAGGAUCAGCUAGCGCAGUACAAGCACUUCGUUGAGAACUUGAAGACGGAGCUGCAGUCACGCCGAGUCCUGUUGACCGUGCUAGAGCAAGCAGAGUCCUUCUAUAGCAAUCAGCGGAACGAAGUGAAGGUCGUAGUAAACGCCUAUCGCAAUUUUGGCAACCGGCUAAAGAGCAUGAAAAAGAAGUUGGACGAACUAACAACCAGCCUGCCGAGUCCGAUUCCGUCACCCGACAUUAACGCUCCCUCACCCGGGCCUUCCGAUCUCGACAUCAUUCUGCCGGAUGAGCAAGGUUACUUUCAGAUGCAUCAUCAGCGGCGCAGCUACAUGGACGGAGGCAGCUUACCGUUCGAUAUUAACGACUUUAACCGAAGCGAUUCGCCCUCAGUGAUGCACAGUGUUCAACCAAUUCAAGUGAUAAAUUCGCGUAAGGAAGAAUCGGAAGGGGUAAACGAAUUCCUGAAGUCUUUUUUCCCCGAUCCAUCAGGUUAUCAUGCGCCCUCUAGCGUACCACCGAGCGGUAUACCGGGUGGUGGAGGUGGCGGUACUGUUGGUGGGGGAAAUACUGUUCAGGGCGUCGGUGGUAUCGUUGCGCCACCACAGCCCCCACCAGGUAUCGUACCGCAUCCGGUGGGACCGUACGGGUCGGCCGGUAAUCCGUGGGCAACGUCGACACCGCACGGUCCCGGCGGCCGAUCGGGUAACGGCAAUUACCGCCAACCGUACAACCCGGGAGUCUUGUCCGAUUACGGCUCUCCGCAACCCGGUGUCGGACGGCAAUCGUCGGCCACUGCCCCAUUGUUGCCUCCCCCGAUGCCCCCCAUUAAUCUUGAUGCAUCCGAUGAGUACAACUCGACUUGGGACAUGCAAAUGUCAUGGGACGGAACGCAUGAUUCUUCCGGCUUUCAAAGUCUAGAGGCUCCCGUGUCUCCGUCUCAUUAUGAUCGUGGCAGUGUCGACAGAGGGUUGCAAGAUGUUGACCAUCGCCAGCUUCCCAACAGUCUCGGUGUGCCCCCCUUUCUGAAGGAUAAAGGUCGCCUUGCCGAUGUUGAUCACCGCAAUCUGAUCUCGCUUACUGGAUCGCCUGGAGGGCCGCUACCGAAAGGGAGGAAUGCGAGCAAUAUGGACAUAGAUGAGCAUGACAACUCGGCUAACCUGUCGGCAAGAAGUCAAGGGUCUGGUCAAAAUCGAAGAUCCGUUCCGCAGCCCGUACCUGCUCCCCUCGGGGAUACGGUUGAUAGCCGGAACACACUUUGGAUGGGAUGUCAAGACAGUACUUUUCCGACAGCAUCGAACGAUGUAGACCUGAGGCUACCCUCUUCGUCCGCGUUAACGAUCGUCCCGACAACGACAACAACGACACCCUCCAUUGCCCCAAAAGAGCCUGAGGGGGAAGAAUCGAAAGAUCUCGAUAUGCGAAUACAGUCGCUGGAGAAAGCAAUUGCGGCGCAGAUUGCUAACAGCGGCAACAACAGUACCGUACGGCUGGGUGGGGCCGAGACCGGUCAUGAAGAUGACGGGACUGAUAAUAGUGUACAGUCGGGGGACGAUGCGAACGGAAACACUGCUCUCGAUGGCGAUGAAGAGGGCGAUCUAAGCUUACCGACACUUCAAACGCCGGUUUCGCUACUAGAGAUCGAUGACUUUUUGCAAAACUUUGAGCGAGAAAGGUUUGACCUGACGAAACCGCCAGCCCUGCUGAUGAGCAACCAAACGGAAACGUCACAAUCACCGCCACCUACCUCAGAAAAAUCUGGCACCGGAGAUGAAAGCAGGAAGAACCCUACCGACAACACAGAAAGUGUUGAUAUGGACCUAUCGGAUGAAGAUGGCUGUGGGCCGACGCCCGAUGACCAAGCAACGCACGAGGCGCCUUCGUCUGCCCAACCAAGUGUAGACGAGGACAGCACCGAAACUACAUCACAGGAUGGGACGAUGGGAGGUGUACGGGAUGAUGCAGUCGGAGCAGGAUCUUCGAGUCAGCAUGGUGGAUCACCGAUGCAAAUGCUGGGGGGAACUACGGUGCCCGCAGCGUUGGCGAACAAUGGUACCGCUUGCGGGAGCGGUAACAGUACUCCAACGCAACCGAUCCAUCAGCAACGGCCACCGCUCUUACCGGAUCCACCGUUUGCGCCAACUGGACCGCAUCCGAAGUGGGAUCUUCCUCCGCCCAGUUUGAUGAGCCUUACCGGGCUUGGUGGUUUCAGCAGCGUACCACCGCCGCCGCCCCCUGGACUGAUCGGUAACAUUAAUCAACCGCCUCCCUCCACUAUGCCUCAGAUCUGGGCCGACCAGCCACCCCCGAUUUCGGGUGAUGCUCCGGGACUGUUCGGUUCUCCGAAUCGACCUCCUCCGCCGCUUCCGUUUGGCGGUGGCCAAAUGAAGGGCAACAAUUAUCGUGGUGGUGGAGGAGCUGUUGGCACACCACGUGGCCGCGGUGGCCUAGGUGGUCACAAUCGCGGUGGCGGCCAUUCGCCGUACUUUCGCGGUGGCGGCGUCGUCGGCGGAGCACUGCGGGGCAACCUUCACCAGGUCGGAUUGAUGAUGGGUGGUGCAGUCAGUGGCCCCUUUGUCACGGCGACCGGGUCAGGAGGUGGCAAUGGGAGUCCGAUGAUGCGCGGAGGCUACCGUGGUGGUAAUAAUAAUAAAUUUCGUGGCGGAGGCUCCAACAAUCGAUCCGGUUGGUAAAACAGAGAUCUGUCUGGUAACGGAUACGAUUAUAAUUUACUGUAAUUUGACUGUUGAGCCAUAUGCCAGGUGACGCGUUACAUAGCACAGUGAAGCAGGGUUUGCAGGGUGUAUGUGGGUGACGAAGUGGCAACAGCAACAAGUUCUGCGCGAUCAGCUGCGAUCCUUGUUCGUUGAUAGUUACAGUUACAAGAUGUGUAGCUACAAGAUUAGUGGAUGAGUGAAAAGGACCGGACUGACGUAACGGAAGCAAAAAGAGCAUCUUGGUUGGUUUUCACGAUAACGCUGCGUGUUCGUGGCUGAUUAAAGAAUGUAAAUAAUUAGAUAAUAAAAACGGGAGAAUAGAAAGAUGAUAUAGUCAAAGAAAUACACAAGCAACGUACCCCUUUGCCGAAUGAAAUAUAUUGAACAUACCGACCCCGUUUCUCAUCCCUGCAUAAUGUAGAACGUAUGUUUAUUGGUUACGAAAUAAUAAACAGGAAAUGUACUCUUGCGCCGUACGAUGUGUACCGGAAUACGAUGGAAGUAACGUGAACCAGGACCUACGAGUUCGAUAACAACUAGUGUUUAGGUUUAACAGCAGCUAAUACGAUUAAUGUAGAAAUUUAUGAUAAUGUCGUUCACAUUUUUGUUCUUAACGCGCCAAUACACACAUACACAUACACACAUAGGCGCGAACACACAUACAAACCGGAAAAGAAUCACUUCUUUAAGUAUGGUUAGGUACCGUUCUGUGUUGGUAUUUUAUUCUUGCAUCUAUUUUCUGCAUUGCGUUAAUCUUUUGCCAAUUGGCCAUCAUUCAUGAGUAUAACUUUGCGUGCUCUUUUAUAUUAUACAUAUUGCCCACUCUUGAGUACAGCUUGAGUGCACUGUAGUCAUGUGCUGCAUAUUUCCUUGUUCAUGGUGUUGGGUACAGCACAGCCCGGAAAGUAAAACUGACCGACCACAAUGCUCCAAGGCCGUGAGUCUGUUAGCAAUAAGAAAUAAUCUGGACGAAGCAGGACACGUGACCAGAGAACAAUCACAAUAAACAAGAAUGGCAGUGACGCUCCAAACUUUAAAAGC